AUGCGCAGAGUCAUCUCCUGGAUGGGAGAGCACGGGCUAUCCUUAGCAGCACAGAGAACAAAGAUCGUGCUAAUAACGAAGAAGCGCAUCAACAUCUUGCUCAGCUUCUCCGUAGGAGACGCGACGGUCCAGGCUAAGUCGUCUAUAAGGUACCUUGGAGUAAUGCUCAAUUGCAAACUGAAUUACGGAGAGCAUAUAAUAAGGGCGGCCGACAAGGCGGCAAAAGUUAUAGCCACGCUGGGCACACACAUGCCCAAUGUCAACGGACCCCGGCCGUGCAUUAGGCGAAUAGUGAUGCGUGCCGCCGAAGCAGUGAUGCUGUACGGCGCAGAAGUAUGGGCGGAGGCGCAGCAAAAAGAAAAUUAUCGCAAGUGCAUAGCCGCGGUACAGAGUGCUAGUGGUCGUGGUGGUAAACCCGAUCGAUCUACUAGCCCAGAAGAGACAAUUCAUCCACCAGCAAAGGUCCGCUUUGGGUAA